GGCACUUCUGAAUAGAGACAACUAACAUGAAGGGGCGGGGGAAGAUGAACGUAUCACUGUUGCAAUAGUGCUAUACAGUGAAGAGCACUGGACUGAAGACAUGUCAAGCAGAAUGUGAAUGGUACAGUCUUCUGCACACACUGUGCGAACGACAGAAUCAAGAGAUUAAGACCCGCUUAGUAGCAGCAGCCCAGCUGUAAAACAUCAGGACGCUAUAGGAGCUAGAUGGCAACGAUAAAUCGUAACGGAAGUGUUAUUUUACUGUAGAUGUUUUGCCGAAAAACAUGUAGCCUAGUACGAACGUUUCUACAACAAACAAACCAACACAGUUUUGUGAUUUUGCCGGAUAUGUAGUUUUAAAAAGUGUCUUUAAAAAAAGAAAUUCUAUAUCAAAUAGGCUAAUCCUCGAGAGUAGGCAGAAGCGCUGCUGACUCCUCCAAUGCGAUGUUUACAGCAAGCAGCACUCUAAAUCAAACACCUCUGAACAUAUGGGCUGGUCAAUUGGAAUAAUAACAUAGAACGCAACACUUCAGUUAUUAGUGAGUGGGGGGACACGGGAGCGUAUACUACAGCGAUUGCCAUGUUCAGGUGUCUUCUUUCUGCAAUGCAAAGAUAAGAAAUGGCAGGAGCUCCAGAGAAUGAGCUAGAUCAGAGGCCGCCUUAUGGUUACCAGAGACAACCCCUCAGUCCCCCUCCAGCACAGCCCCAGCAGCCUCUCCAGCGAGGCAUUGUGAUCCAGCUGACUGGCGCAGAGGGGGAAUGGGACAAUCUGGAAGACAGUGAUCUGAUUUUCACUUUGGAGGGUGAGGACAAUGGACCUUCUGCCUUCUCCCCCAGAGAGAAGCCCAAAGCCCAAACAGACUGGCAGCCAGAAAAGGACAGUGACCACCACCCGUCUACUUUCCAUGUCCCCGUCUCCCCGUCUUCACCUGGAUCUCUGGAUGACCUCUCCAUCUCAGCUCCCAGCUUCCUCUCCCCUCACUCCUCCUCAGCCACUGUAACCAUGGCCCCUGGUCCGCUGGGCAGCCUGGUGAAGUCCUUAUCCACAGAGAUCGAGUCCAAAGAGGCCUCCCUAAAGCCCAGGCCUCUCCUCAGCCUGGUGAAAUCCAUCUCCACUGAGAUAUCGCGUAGUGAACCUGAGGUGUCUCAGUCCAAGUCAGACUCAAGGCUCAACCUCCAUCUCUGGAGACAGUUGACCCAACCCAAGGGUUGCAAUGGAGACUCCAGGACUGCUCCCCCCUCCCCCAGUAGCCUCUCCCCCUCUGAGCCAAAAGUUGGCUUCUUCAAGGUGGAGCUGGAGGACACUCGUCGCAAGCUGUCAGAGGCCAUGCAGGAGCCCUUCAGUAUGUUCAGCAAGAUAAUGGGUGAUGAGAGCAUAAGCAGCCCUAAACUGCAGAGGGCAAUGUGGUCGUCUGACUCUCCCAGCUACAAGGGUGCCUGUGUAGAGAAAUCGGCUGGUGACGCGGUGGUCACAGAGACCCAUGGCAGGAGCAGUAAGAGGCUGGAGUGCGACUGCCUGUCUGUGUGUGACACACCAGUGAGGCAGCCCCGGAGGGCCCCUCUGAGGCCGUUCCACUCUGCCGAGCUCAGCGGUAAACUUGAGAUCUGUACCCACAGUGAUCUUCUUCAGGCGGUUGAGGUAGAAGGCAGAGAACGGCCACAUGGACUUUCAGUGCGCCCAUCUCCACCUGUGCCAGGCAUGUGGCUACUCUGUGUAGGUAUGUUUGCCUAUGGCUAUUUCAUCCUGCCUCUGCCCUCCUACAUAUCUGGGCUGGUACUGGGCCUAGCCUGUGGCUUCAUGGCAGGUCUGCUGCUAGUCCUCCUGCUGACUCCCCGGCAUCUGACUCACAUGCACAGGAGUGUCCUGACCCUGGAUGAGCAGCACCUGUCCCACUGCCUCAAUGGGGAACACAGGGAACCAGGAGUCCUAAAGGGCUGGAUGAGUGAAAUGCAUGCCUACGACCCAGAGACCUACCACCCAUCUCUCACCCACUCCGUGUAUGUCACCCUGGAGGGCUCCUGCCUACGCCUGGAUUACCCCAGCAAUAGCAUCCCUCGCCGGGCCACCUUUGACAAGCCGCCCCAUGAGACUGUCUUUGUCAGAUCGCGCUGCUUCCAGCUGGCCAAUAGCAAGGUAUUUCUGUUGCCUCCGGCUCUGGCACGAAAAAGGGUCUGGAAUAAGAAGUAUCCCAUCUGCAUUAUGCUGGCCAAAGGACAGGAUGGGACAGAGGAAGACGCUGUAGAGGAAGUUGAUGAAGAGCAACAGAGAGCUGACCAAAAGACACCACCUGUUACCCAGUCAGGCUUCCCUGCCAUUCUCUACCUCUUUAGCAGGACAGGAAGAGAGAAGGAAGAAUGGUUUCAGCACAUCCUCUCUGCUUCUCUGACUAAAGGCAAAGAAAGCCACAGCUUAUGUAGCUCUAGGCUUGAUGUGUCUGGCCCGUGUGGGUGCAGUCCCUCAGGCCGAGCGCAGUGCAGUGGGGGAUCCAGCAGGGGGAGUGCUGAGGACAUUCCCUCCCUACUGCGUCUGCGGGAUCUUGCUGGCAGCGUGAGGGAGAAGAUCCUACUGGAUUACCACACCUACAUGUCCCACUUCAUCAGCUCAGAUAGUGGAAGCCAUCUCCCCAGCCCCUGCCACAGUGCUGAAGGCAGUCCCACAGCCCAGAAGUUGUUCUGUGAGUACUCGGGCAACCAUGUUGAACCUCAGCCUGCCUGGAUCAAUGCACUCAUAGGAAGAAUCUUCUGGGACUUCCUUCGUGAAAAGUAUUGGUCAGACCAGGUUGCCCAUAAAAUCCAGAAGAAGCUGAGCAAGAUCAAGUUGCCGUACUUUAUGAAUGAGCUCACUUUGACUGAGUUGGACAUGGGCACCAGCAUGCCUCAAGUGUUGAGCACCUCCAAACCUUCAGUCAACCACAGAGGACUGUGGCUGGAGCUGCAGGUGGUUUACACAGGCUGCAUGCAGAUGACACUUGAGACCAAGAUGAAUCUGUGCAAGCUGGGCAAGGACAGCGGACUGGAGGCGGACAGCGUGCCGGAGACAGACAGCAUGGCCUCCAGGCCACGGCUGUGUGUUCUGGCUGACAGUGAUGAGGAGUCUUCAGGUUCCUCAGAUGAAGAGGAAUUACCCCCCUCAGAGCCCCAAGGGAAUCUGGGAGAAAAGAGUGCUCCACCUGGCACUGAAAGUCAUGGUGGUGGCAGUACAAGCAGGAAGAUUCUGAGGUUUGUUGACAAGAUUGCCAAGUCCAAAUACUUCCAGAAGGCCACAGAGAAUGAAUACAUCAAGAAGAAGAUUGAAGAGAUGUCCAAUACUCCCCUGCUGCUCGCUGUGGAAGUACAGGAGCUGUCUGGAACCUUGGCUGUUAAUAUUCCACCUCCCCCCACUGACAGAAUAUGGUACAGUUUCUGUGUGCCUCCCAGACUAGAUCUACAUGUACGUCCAAAACUCGGUGAGAGAGAGGUCACCUUCACUCAUGUCACCGAGUGGAUCGAGGGGAAGUUACAGAAUGAGUUCCGGAAAGUCUUUGUGAUGCCGAACAUGGAUGAUAUCUAUUUGCCUCUCAUGCACUCGGGUUUGGACAGUCCUCCAGCAUCGCAGUACUCCCCAGCUGAAUCAUUGCGGCAGUCCUCAUUGGACUCGCUGGAAAAGGCAGUGGAGGAAAAUGCGGCAUAAUCUAUGUAGUACCUCUCUGAGGUAUGUGGAAAUACUGACUCAAACUGCGAAGCACCUCCAUUGGAAACGGCACUAAACUACAGAACCAGUGAGCAAGCUUCUUUUUGAGGCCUUGCCCCCCCCCCCCCCCCCUUUUUUUAGCAUUAACGCCAUGGCAUUGUGCUAGCUGAAAAAGCCCAUGGAAUUUGCAUGUAGAUAGGGAAUAUACACACCCUGGAUUAGGUCAAGAUACACUUGGAGCCCUUGGAAUCCCUGCUACACCAUAACUGCAAGACUUACUCUGCGCUCAGAACCUGAACUGAGGAAGCACUGUUGUAAAAAAAUUUUUUUAAAUAAAAAAAAGAUUCAGAUAUGUGCACAUGUGCCAUACAUUAUGCAGAGAUAUUUUUUUAGGUGUGCAUCUCAUUGAAAUGAUCCCGAUGCCAAUUGAAAGAGAAACUGCCUCAUUUAUCAAGGGCACUGGACAAUGCAGUGAAGGUGCAGUCCCUAUUCUUUGCACUCUUAAAUGCAUAUCCAGUUGUGUACCUGUUGCAUAUUUGGUGAUGUAACUGAGUACUGUAGGAUUUAAUAAGAGAGUUGUUGCAUCAAAGUGUGACUUUUGCAACAUAAGCCCUCUUUCCACUAUCAGCUUGAAAAGGCGUACAGUUUUUCAUUGGUUUGAUUAACCCAUCCAGCACAAACAAUGCUGAUGUUGGUGAUUCCUGCUCUUUAGUCUUGUACUUUUUAACAAAUCCAGUUUACAGCCAUCGCAUGUAUUUUCAUACAGUUUGCUCUAUGUAUUCCU